AUGAACAAAUGUGGAAACAGUACAGGAGAUGACCAGAGACUGCAGACACAGUACAGGAGAUGACCAGAGACUGCGGACACAGUACAGGGAUGACCAGAGACUGCGGACACAGUACAGGGAUGACCAGAGACUGCGGACACAGUACAGGGAUGACCAGAGACUGCGGACAGUACAGGAGAUGACCAAAGACUGCGGACACAGUACAGGAGAUGACCAGAGACUGCGGACACAGUACAGGAGAUGACCAGAGACUGCGGACACAGUACAG